CCUGUUGGGAGGGAGCAUAAGGCUGAGACAGUUGUUCCUGAAUUUUUGUCCUUGCUGUGACACUAACAGCCAUUUUCUUCUUUGCACAGUGGGUGGUUCGUUUACAUCAAAUCUUUACAAUGGCUACCUAGUUAAUGAUUGCAAAACAGACAUGGUGAAGUAUUUCUUAUUCUGCUCUUAUGUCAAUCAGAGAGAGAAUCCACUGCUUAAUGGCAUCAUUUCAUAUUUGAACACUCUGCCUGUUUAUUCAAGCUGUCACUAGCUAGCAGUUCAGUUGUGGACCUUAUUUUUUUUCAGCUGUAAUCCAGCAAUGAGGUUCCAGGGGUUUCAACUGAGCCAAAAGCUCUUCCUAGUUGCAAGGUCUGACAGCAAAGCAGACUCGACUGUACAUUGUGGUUUCUGUUAGAAGGAAAUCUAGUCAAGGGAACAUGUAUGUAGCCAAGAUGUAGUUAGCUAUGUUCAGGGUCCAGGCAACCAAGGAACCAUGUCUGCAAACCCUCUUCCAGGUGUGACAGAGGUUGGUCCUUGAUGAUGGUCUAAGCUUCUGCAAAUGCCUUGUCAUCCCUCACCACUGAAAAAUCACUAAAACACAUUUCUUUUUUGAUUCUAGCAUCUGUGCUGCUAUUCUUUGGGUAACCACCUAUAUACAGCACAACGUGUGACAGAUUUCUUCAGAGCUGCCUAGUGUGGCACCACAAAUCCUGACAAACUGCCACCACCAGCUGGCAGCGCUCUCCGUUUGUUGUCAGGAAAAGGAGGUGUAACUCCCAGCACCCAGUGACAUUUAUAACUUCACUAUAUGUUAAUGUGAUGAGAAAGAGCAGCAGGAUCAACGCCCAGGACACUCAAGUCUUAACCACCAAAUAUUUCCUCUAAACUGACGAGGCUGAGGAGGAGUUUCUGUACAGUAUCACCAAAAACUGACAGAGCUUCCUGCCAGGUAUGUCUCAUAACAAGUUCACCACCUCUUGAAUAAGACUGCCUACAUAUUCACACCUCACUACAAUAAAGAGAGAGAGAAACUAAUUAAACAAUAAGCAUAAGCCCGCUUGAGAGGACAUGAGACAGCCUGACAUCCUGCUGUGAAUGGCUUUGUCUGUGGACUCUGCUUUGUACCGUUGGAGGCGACUAGGAGCUGAAAGUUCCUCCCAGACUUUAUCAGAGUUGACACCACUGCUGUUUUCUAUCAGAGAUAAACCAAAACUCAACUUAAACAAAUGGAGGAUUGUGUUUCCUGGCGAUGAGAGACAGUGGAAAGACUGGAAACAAGCUUCUACAUUUUAUUCUGGAAACAAGAUACAGACCACAAAAUACACGUGGCUCACUUUUUUGCCCCAAAAUCUUUUGGAGCAGUUUCACAGACUGGGUAAUCUUUAUUUUCUCUUUCUGGUGGUUCUGAACUGGCUCCCACAAGUGAAAGCCUUCCACAGGGAGAUUACUAUGCUGCCUCUGAUUGUGGUUCUGCUUGCCAGUAUGAUUAAAGAUGCUGUCGAAGACUAUAAAAAAUACUGUUUUGAUAAGCUGAUAAACUUCUCUAAAACCAGAGUAUAUGACAAGGAAGAACAUGCUUAUGUGGAGAGAUGCUGGAAGGAUGUCCGAGUGGGGGAUUUUGUGCAGCUGCAGUGCAAUGAGACCAUCCCAGCCGAUAUCCUAUUGCUCUACUCCUCUGAUCAGAAUGGCAUCUGUCACUUGGAAACCGCCAAUCUCGAUGGGGAGACCAACCUUAAACAACGACAAGUUGUGCUGGGGUUCUCCAGCCAGAAUACUUUGUUUGAACCUGAAUUUUUCCAAAACACCAUCAUCUGUGAAGUACCUAACAAUGAUCUCAAUAAAUUCAAAGGGUACAUGGAGCAGCCAAAUCAUGAAAGGAUUGGUUUUAACAUUGAAAGCCUCUUGCUUCGUGGAUGUACAAUCAGAAAUACUGAGGCUGCAGUAGGAAUUGUUAUAUAUGCAGGUCAUGAAACUAAGGCCAUGCUAAAUAACAACGGCCCUCGUUACAAGCGCAGCAAGUUGGAGCGGCGGAUGAAUUUGGAUAUUUUCUUAUGUGUGGCACUGCUCUUUGUGAUGUGUCUUGUUGGAGCUGUAGGGCAUGGCAUUUGGGCUGGAAACUUCUCAGAGCAUCCACCUUAUGAUGUCCCAGAUGAGAACGGCAAUUUUCUGUCUCCUGCUCUCGCUGGUUUCUACAUGUUCUUGACGAUGAUAAUCCUGUUGCAGGUUUUAAUCCCCAUUUCUCUUUAUGUGUCCAUUGAGUUAGUCAAGUUGGGCCAAGUCUUCUUAAUUCACAAUGACAUUGACCUGUAUGACGAAGAAGCAGAUUUGCCUAUACAGUGCCGUGCCCUAAAUAUUACUGAAGAUCUUGGACAAAUCCAGUAUAUCUUCUCUGACAAAACUGGGACACUAACAGAAAACAAAAUGGUAUUCCGCCGCUGUACUAUCAAUGGAAUUGAGUUUUCACAUCAGGAAAAUGCCAAGCGCCUGGAAACCUACAAAGAGUUGGAUUUCGAUGAUGAAGAAUUUGCAAAACUUCAGAGCUUCACUCUCCCUCCCAUGAAUAUUGAGACAUCAGCCACUUAUAAGCAGAGGACCAUGAGACCUUUAAGGAGGUGCCAGAGUGCUAGGGCUCAUUUUCAGGGGCACACAAGGAACAGGUCGCUUGGUCGUUGCGACAGUAACAAGUCUCAAGUGGCAUUCAGCAGUACCAUUGAAAAGGAUGUGACUCCAGAUAGCAGGCUGCUGAGGCGAGUGAGAGAAGCUGCACUCCAGAUUGAAAGUCUUUCUCCUUCUAUACAUAUAAAUACUUCCACAGCCCUUACCGACUUUUUUCUUGCCCUUGCCAUCUGCAACACAGUCCUGGUCUCCACAGCUACCAAGCCAAGACAAAGGGUCACCAUCCCACCACCAAUAAAACCUUCAGGAAUCACCCUGGAGAAGAUUCAUCAGAUAUUUCAACGGCUAAAAUUAGCAAGCCUUAGUCAAUCUUUUUCAUCUUCUCAGUCUAGUUCAGACCUAGGUGCUAGCUUCAGUGCAAAGAACACUGAGGAGUGUCUUGCUGCAUUGGAGUGCCGUGACAAUGAGGAUGACCACUAUGCCAGUGGUGGAGGUGAUGAAGUCCAGGGCAAGAACAGCACAGAUAUUGGUAGUGCUUCCUUGGAUGAGGUUUUUAAAUCUGUGACUAACAGUCCUUUGCCAACAGACUUUUGUUACGAGGCUGAGAGCCCAGAUGAGGCAGCGCUUGUUUAUGCUGCCCAGGCAUACAGUUUUACUUUAGUGUCCCGAACUCCUGAGCAGGUGACCGUACGGUUGCCACAAGGCACACUUCUGACUUUUGAUAUUCUCUACACUUUGGGAUUUGACUCAGUAAGGAAAAGGAUGUCUGUAGUGGUGAGACACCCCCUAACCAAGGAGAUCGUUGUCUACACAAAAGGAGCUGACUCUGUUAUAAUGGACUUGCUGGAAGACUCUGCAAGAGCUGAUAUUAAUGCAGAGAAGAGAAUAAAAAGAAUUAAAGAAAAAACACAGAAGCAUCUGGACUACUAUGCCCGUGAUGGCCUACGAACUCUGUGCAUAGCUAAGAAGGUCUUGAAUGAAGAUGACUUUCAAAAAUGGGCCAAUUUUCGUCGGGAGGCAGAAGCUGCAAUUGACAACAGAGAUGAGCUGUUAAUGGAGACAGCACAGCAUCUGGAGACCAAGCUCACCUUGCUGGGAGCAACAGGGAUUGAAGAUCGACUGCAAGAUGGAGUGCCUGACACUAUUGAGGCUCUUCGAGAAGCUGGGAUACAAAUCUGGGUGUUGACAGGAGACAAACAGGAAACAGCAGUAAACAUCGCCUAUUCCUGUAAACUCCUGAACCAGAGAGACACUGUCUUCACCAUUAACACUGAAAAUAAGGAGACUUGUGAAUCUCUUUUGGAUUUAACCUUAGAAGAAGUAAGGAAGAAUUACGAGAUUGAAAAACCACAGAGGAAAUUUUUUGGCCUUAUCCCAGCAUCUUUCUCAGCAUCGGAGAUGCCCAGUCCUGAAUUUGGCCUGGUGGUUGAUGGCAGGACACUGAACAUCAUUUUCCAGGGAGGCCUGGAGAAGAAGUUCCUGGCACUGACGAAGCAUUGCCGCUCGGUGUUGUGCUGUCGUUCCACCCCCCUUCAGAAGAGCAUGGUGGUCAAACUCGUCCGGAGACAGCUCAAAGUGAUGACUCUCUCUAUAGGCGAUGGCGCAAAUGAUGUAAGCAUGAUUCAAGCAGCUGAUGUGGGAGUUGGAAUAUCUGGCCAAGAAGGCAUGCAGGCUGUGAUGGCUAGUGACUUUGCAAUAGCCCGAUUUAAGCACCUCAAGAAACUGCUUCUUGUACAUGGACAUUGGUGUUACGCUCGUCUGGCUAAGAUGGUGAUUUACUUCUUCUACAAAAACGUGAGCUAUGUCAACUUGCUCUUCUGGUACCAGUUCUUCUGUGGGUUCUCAGGCAGCACAAUGAUAGAUUACUGGCAGAUGAUAUUUUUCAAUCUCUUCUUCACCUCGAUGCCCCCUCUUCUCUUUGGAGUCCUGGAUAGACAUGUCUCUGCAGAAACACUUCUGGGUUUGCCUCAGCUGUACAAAAAUGGACAAAAUUCAGAGAUAUACAAGCUAUCGGCCUUUGCUCUUACAAUGUUGGAUGCCUUCUAUCAGAGCCUCAUUUGUUUCUUUGUUCCCUAUUUGACGUACAAAGACUCUGACAUAGACGUGUUUUCCUUUGGAAACUCCAUCAACACCAUCUCCCUCCUGACCAUUCUCUUACACCAGGCACUAGAAAUGAAAACAUGGACCCUGUACCACCUGGUAACAAUGACUGGCAGUGUGCUGUUUUACCUCGUCUUCUCUCUCAUCUACAAUGCCACCUGUGUGGUCUGCAACCCUCCCAACAACCCAUACUGGAUUAUGGAGAGACAGCUUUCAGAGCCCACCUUCUGGUUACUGUGCCUUACUACCCCGGUCAUCGCACUCUUGCCAAGGCUCUUAGUUUAUGUUCUGCAAGGAACCUUUGGAACAUCUCUGCUUCUGAAAGCACAGCAGAUAGAUAAACUUCCCAAAGAGCAACGGGACCUUGAAAUCCAGAAAUUGAGAUCAACAAAACUAACUACUUCUGGUGCAUCUGUAGCAUCACCUGCACCUAAUGAAGACCUUUGCCAGAACAUGAGCAACUUAUGUGUGUCACCGUUUUUACACCCAGCAGCCACAGCAGCUAUGCCUGGAGACACAGAAAGCCAGGGACUUCCCAUGUCUGAAGUGAAUCCUCUCAGGAAACAGGUACCAGAAGAAGGCUACUAUUUCUUUAAUAGGUGGGCAGAGGAAGAAUCUACUGCCACAAAGGCUUCAGCAGGACCUUUCUCUGGCCAUUACCCCGCUGUCACCAGCAGAGUAACAACUCCAGGACAGAACGGUGGCAAACUAACUAAAGCUAAUACUAACAACUUGAGCCACGGCAGCCAUCGGCGAUCUGUGAGUGCAGUGACACUCUGAAGAAACACUCCAAAAUGGGAUCCACAGCCCAUGUGGAGAAAGAUACCAUAGGGAAAAUAAAAAAGUCUCUUUAUACUUAAUGAUGAUGCUCACUACAGAAGGGGAGAGAGCUGUGUGGACUAGUGCAAUAAUGCCUCUAAUAUGCAACUUUUCUUAAGUGCAUAUAUAGUUUGGAUUUGUCAUUACAUGACUUCUUGAUCUACCUUCUUUUGUCUCAUUAGAGGAAUGUUCCAUGAGCAUUAUAGAGUUGCUGAGAAAUGUACAAUUACUUUCUUUCAUCAAGGAAUAUUUUCCUUUCAUAGCAAUAGGGAUAAUUGUACUAGUGAUGUUUCAAUGUUGUUAUGCUAUUGAGGUAAUAGAAAGAAAAUCCAUUCUACAUUAAGCUGCGUCUUACAGCAACACAUUCUGCUUGAGCUUUUACUGUCAAAGUUAGAACUUACUAACUUAAAAGUUACAGUUCUGCCUGCAAAAUAUGUUACCUCCUGGUAUUAAAGAUAUUUUCAGAAUAACAGCUUCUGAAUAAGACUAGAGAAUGAUCUGAGGUUUAAUAUAUUGACUUCAUUUAUAUAAUAAUAUCAAGUCUAUAGUUUGUUUUCUCUGAACAGUAAGCUCAGUAUUUUUAUGCAGGCAAUGGUUUGGUUUGCCCUGACACUGUUAAAAUAAGGAAAACUGAGGUUUUGAAUUAGAAGAAUGCUAAAACAGAACUACAUCAGCUAACUUGGGUGUAAGUGGGGUCUACUUCUUCAUACCAACAAAAGUAGACCGAUAAACAAGUCAAAUUCAAGGAUUUAUGUUGCAGAAUUCUAAAGUUGUCCAUGCUUUUUCAUCUAGAAAUUCAGUUCCUUCCUUCUAUUUUCCACAUUAUUAUGUAGUGUUGCUGGAUUCAAUCAAGUAUAAAUCAUGCUCCUCCCCACAGUUGGUUACAUUCAGUAGUUGAUGGAGAUCUCAAUGGAGAUUUGGACAAGCAACAUAUGAAGGUCACUAAUCACACUGCAGUAAGUACACGGUGCAGAAUGGCCUAAAUAUGCAUAACAGAGUCACCUUUUUCAGUAUCACAGGGCAAAAAGAUGCAAGAAAAAAAACAUAACAUGUCACCAUCAUCACUACCUAUUGCAAUGCAAUGGAAGGUGACUUUGGUAUUUCUUAUAGAAAUGUUGACUAGUAAGACCAAUAGCCAAGUUUUUCUUUACAAGGUGGGAUGAAAUCUUAACUAUGUUUUAAAUUGAAGCCAUGUCUACUUUUUGUGGUUCUAAGUAGUUUUUUUAGUCAUUUUUUUUUAAUACAUGCUAAAUUAAUUUAGCUAUUUACUACCUAUCACAGUAUGUGAUCUGUUUAAUAACCCGUGUAGGAAACACUAAUUUAACUGCUGUGUAUUAUAAUAAUUAUUGUAACCAUAUUCAAGAAGUUACUUAAAAGCAAGUCAGGCACAAUUGAGUAACAUGCCUGCCACUGAGAUUUCUAUGAGCCAGAGCAAGAGCACACAUAGAACUGGAAUUCUUGAAGUACUGUCAGCUGUAAAACAAUUCAGAGAGAGAGCUCUGGGGGUGUUUUUUUGUGUGAUGUACAAAAUGAAUGGAAUUAGGCAUAACUGAGAUUAUUGUUAAUGGGGUGUGAGAUUGCUCAAAUGUUUCCUCACUUGCUGGCAAUGGACCUUGGGUGAUAAGACCUAGGAUCAGGCCUUUACAAUUCACAGGCAUGUUUUUAUAUUAAAUGGUCCACUUCUUGUGAACUUCAAAAUGAUGUCAAUUCCUUAGACAUUUGAUUAUAAAAUGUGAAGUGUUUUUAUAGUAAUAAAUGCAAUGUGGUUGA